ACCGCAUAAACAUAUUUCAUUACACAAAAUAAUGUUCUUUUAGCAGCAUCAUAUGACCCCUUUAAGCAAAACAAGACUCAAUUGGGAGCCCAACAAAUUAUUGCCCAUAGUUUUAAUACUAUCGACAGUCAUGUAGGCUACAUAUCCCCGGUUCGUAUGCGUGAAGGGCGUGCGACGCAACUCGAAACAAGGUCAUGUUUCUUUCCAAAUAAAAGCAUUCACACAUUGUCAGUUGGCACAGCGGCGACUUAAAAUCACUCGUUAAAACAGUAAACUUAUUAUAGUGUUUGGAAAUUUUUUUUUUUCAAAAACACUAGGCAGGUCAGCGUUACGUGGUUUACAUGAGAAGGGCUUAUAACAAAAAUAAAACCGAUGACUUUUAACUUGAAAAAUAUGCGGCCAGCUUUUAUGCUUUUAUGUCGUAGCAGAUUUACUGCUCGUGGCGAAUUCACUGUUGUUGCCUUUUUGCAGGCAGUGAAAGAUUAUUGAUCCUUCCUAAAUAACGCAUUUUAAAUAUUCGUCAAUUGGCACAGCUACACGUUACCAAAAGCCGUUGGAAGACCCGCUCAUUGGUUGAGUGCUGAAAUUGUCGUUUUGCCUGAGAACAAUCUACACUUCGGCCUGCUCACAUUGACAAACAGACAACUGCCCUGCACUGACGUCAUGGAUCGUCCUCCCAGCACUAGUCAGCUGUUGGCCGGGAACGUCACAAAUAAGACAGACCCACGGUCACUUAACUCAAGGGUCUUCAUCGGGAACCUGAACACUAUGCUGGUUACCAAGGCAGAUGUUGAAGCCAUUUUUAGCAAAUACGGCAAGAUUGUUGGCUGCUCUGUGCACAAGGGCUAUGCCUUCGUCCAGUACGCCAACGAGAGGAACGCACGGGCGGCUGUAGCAGGAGAGGACGGCCGGAUGAUUGCUGGACAGGUGCUCGAUAUUAACUUAGCAGGAGAGCCCAAACCUCACAGGUCAAAAACAACAAAGCGCUCGGCCGGAGAUAUGUACAGCAGUAGUUCUGCUUUUGAGCUUGAUUUUGAUUUCCAGAGAGAUUACUAUGACAGAAUGUAUUCAUACCCUUCCCGUGUGCCUCCUCCACCACCACCUCCUCUCUCACGGGCUGUGAUCCCUUCCAAACGUCCACGGGUCAGUGUGAGUGGAGGAACCAGCCGCCGCAACAAGUCCAGCUUCUCCACUUCAUCCAAGAGCAGCCAACGGACAUCAUCUCGAACCUUGAAAGCAGAUGACCUCCAAACUAUUAAGAGAGAGCUUGCUCAAAUCAAACACAAAGUUGACUAUCUUCUGGAGAGUCUGGACAGGAUAGAGAAAGACAACAGCAAGAAAUCUGAGGGGAAGAGUGUGAAGGCAGAAGUGGGUGAGGCUUCCUCCCUUCAGCAUUCCAGCAAGAAAGACAGAGAAAGGGAAGAGCAAGAGAUAAAUGAUUCUGAGGAGGAGAGAGAUUUGUUGGAAGAGGAGGGAGAGGAAGAGGUAUGUGUAAAUAAUUGGUGCUGGAUACUGUACAGAAACACUGACAGCCUUUCUUGUUCUUCUCAGGUUAAAAGCCAGGAGGGAGAGAAUGAAGAAGAAGAGGGGGAGGAGGAAGAGGGUGAGCAUGAAGAAGGGGAAGAUGAUGGUGACAGUGUUAAUGGCGACGACUCAUAGGUUAUUUUAAACAUUGCAGAUACAGGACACGCAUUCAAAAUUCAGCCCCCUUUCAGUUCUUUUGAAAGGUUGAAGCCGGCCUUUAAAAGAUUUGUCUGUUAUAAUGUAGAUGCCUGCACUCUUUUAAUAACUAACACUACAAUUACAUCAGUUUCACUGAUGUCAGUAUAUUUUUAAUGUUAGCUUGACAUCUUUUCAGGCUUUUGAAGUGUCUCUCAACCUUGAUGAAGAUAAACGUCUGUUUUCAAACAAUAGAAACUAUUACGUUCUCCAGUUAUUCUUAAUCAUUCUGACUUGAACCUGAGAGGUUUUUAUUUUCCACUAGCAGAAUAUGUCCAUUAUGUAUUCUCAGAGUGAAUCUGGCCGUGUUUCUUAUUGGAUUGGUUUUUCUUUUUUUCUUGUGAACUUAGAUAACAUUUGUAUUUUAAAUGGGAGAAAUUUGAGUGGCUCCUCUAUUAGACAGAGCCCAGAAGCUUCCAGGAAACAUCUGUUUGUAUUCGUCUUAUUUAUAUUACCGUUUCAGAAUAAAUCUCCAGGAAAAUUUCAGUGAAAUAUUAAAUAAAAAAAUGUUGUAUUGUU